GAUAAAAUUAAAUGCACAUUUAAUUUCUAUGAGUGUCUGCUACUGACGCUAAUAUCUUUGCGAGUGGCGGUAAAAACUAAAUAGAUUUUACGAGUGAAAGUUUUUACCUUGGUUUUUGCAAAAACUUUAACUAUGGAUGAUGUUCAAGCAGUAUUUGUCGGGGAAAAAAUAAAUAAAGUAAGAUGGAAACCCGAGGCUUUAUCAUGUUCCAGCUAUUUUGUUACUGGCAGUUGGGAUGAACAGAUUUGCCACUUAGCACUAUGGUCAUAUGCAUCUGAUGAAGAUGAUUCAUACAGUAUUCCUGCAAAACUGAGAACUAUUCCCAAUUGUGGUGAUAUUACUGAAAUAAAAUUUGUGAACAGCAGUACAUGUGUUGUGGCCACUUCAGGGGGCUCUGUCAGAUGCUUUAGAGUUGAUGUUAGAUAUCCACAGAGUGCAGACCUUAGGGAAGUUACAUCAUGGGAAAAACUUCAUUUUCUACCGUAUGGAACAAGAUGCUCAUGCACAUCCUUGUCCUGUUUUGAAGAAGACAUAGUCACAGUGGGAGAAGAUGGGAAACUGAAUUUGCUCACUUUAAGGCAACAAAAACCAGUACAUGUUGUAGAUGAAGCCGACAGCAGUACACUUCGAUGUGUUUGCUUCCUUAAACACAGUGAAAUUCUUACUGGAAAUUUGCGUGGCAUACUGAAAAUUUGGGACUUGAAAAGUUCAACUGUUAGGCCUACCAUGUCAUUCACAAUGCCACAUGAGCAGGUUUCUGCUUCUUGUGUCGUUCAUCAUCCAACACAACGCCACCUGGUGUUGGCGGGUGGUGAGGAAGGUGCUCUCGUUGUAUGGGAUCUACGUCACAGUAUAUACCCAAUCACUGUGCUCAACGCACAUUCAAGCAGUAUAAAAGAUCUGGAAUUCCACCCUGAUCGCCCUGAACAUUUAUUCUCAUGUUCUGCUGAUGGUGGUAUAUGGCACUGGAAAACUGAAGGAAGUAGAGUCUCUCAGCUCACAAAGAUGACAGAUAUGACUGCAGAAGAAAGCCCGUGGGUUAGUGGUGCAGUAGCAAAGCAAAGAAUUCAGAUAUAUGCACUGAUGCCACAGCUGCAUAAACCGAUCAACUCCCUUGAUGUGAGCAAGGCAAAUGUUAUAUUUGGUUGUGACAAUGAGGCCGUGUACAUAUGUAAGAAUACAAGUGUGUAUCAGUAAAUUAACAAUUAUUUAUUAAAAUGUUGAUUUGUACUCAAAUAUUUGUAUUUCACAAGCACAUUAAAAAUACUUUGUCAUUA